AUGGCUUCCCACACUGGCCCGCAGGUGACCACGUCCACCGAGUGCCCGACGCCCGACUCGUGCUUCGUCAAGCAGCCGCACGUGCACCGUCCUCGCCAGCCUGAGCCCAAGAUUCUCAACUCGAUUCUCGACCACGUGGGCAACACUCCGCUUGUGCGUCUCAACACGAUUGCCAAGAAGGCGGGACUGGAGUGCGAACUGCUGGCCAAGUGCGAGUUCUUCAACGCCGGCGGUUCCGUCAAGGACCGUAUCGGCAAGCGCAUGAUCGAGGACGCCAUGGCCUCGGGUCGUAUCAAGCCCGGCGACACGCUCAUCGAGCCCACAUCGGGCAACACAGGAAUCGGUCUGGCGCUCGCUGCCGCACUAUACGGCUUCCGUAUCAUCAUCACGUUGCCCGAGAAGAUGUCGCUGGAGAAGGUGGAUGUCCUGAAGGCUCUGGGCGCUGAGAUCAUCCGUACACCCACUGAGGCUGCCUGGGACUCGCCCGAGUCGCACAUUGGCGUGGCCAAGCGUCUCGUUAAGGAGAUCCCCAACGCCCACAUCCUCGACCAGUACAGUAACCCCUCCAACCCUCUCGCUCACUACGACGGUACGGCUGAAGAGAUCCUCGAGGCCUGUGGCGGACACGUCGACAUGGUCGUCAUGGGCGCCGGUACGGGCGGGACUUUGUCCGGUACUGCCCGCAAGAUCAAGGAGAAGUGCCCCAGCUGCAUCAUCGUGGGCGCUGAUCCCAUUGGCUCCAUCCUGGCUGAACCUGAGAACCUGAACGACGAGAACCGACUCAAACCCUACCAGGUCGAGGGUAUCGGUUACGACUUCAUCCCGCAGGUACUGGACCGUUCACUCGUGGACCGCUGGAUCAAGACGGGCGACCAGGAGUCAUUCCUAUUGGCACGUCGUCUUAUCCGUGAGGAGGGACUGCUGUGUGGUGGCUCGUGUGGUUCCGCCGUGGCUGCGGCGCUCAAGGCUGCCAAGAACCUCAAGGCUGGUCAGCGUUGCGUCGUGGUGCUGCCAGACUCGACUCGUAAUUACAUGUCCAAGUUUCUGUCGGACGACUGGAUGUACGAACAUGGCUACGUGACGGACAUGUCCAAGAGCGCACUGAGCUCUACGUGGUGGGCCAAGAAGAACGUGUCGGAGCUGCUGCUGCAGGCACCUGUGACGAUCACUCCCGAUCUCUCGUGCAAGGAAGCCGUGGACAUUCUGAAGAAGGAGGGAUUUGACAAUCUUCCGGUUGUGGCGGACGAUAACUCGAUCGUGGGGGUCGUGACUGAAGGAAACCUCAUCGCGCAGCUCAUGCCCGGCCGUGUGCACCCCACGGACGCUGUCGAGAAGGCCAUGUUCAAGCAAUUCAAGCAGGUGAACCCGCAGACGUCACUGUACGAGCUGAGCCGCAUCUUCGACCGCGACCACUUCGCACUGGUCGUGACGGAGCAGAAGCGUAUCCGCAAGGGCGGCGAGGCCGAGACCAAGUCCGUCAUCUUUGGCGUCGUCACGCGCAUCGAUCUGCUCACGUACAUUACGCGCCACAACGACCAGUAA